AUGAGUGGAAGAUCGAUAAAAUGUUCAUCAAGUAGUUUAAGAAAAAAUAAAACAGAACCUGAUAAAAUGAGUAGAUUUCAUGCAAGUGAAAUAAGAGGUAUUCAAAAAGUGAAAUUUAAUUUAGGACCAUUUAAAUAUGAGCCUUUAUAAAACAUUUCUCAUCCUAUUUAACCAGAUGAUGAUGUAUCUGUUAGAGAUCCUACUUUGAGAACAGUAGAUAAAUCAAAAUUAUCGCAAUCUAUAUAUUAAAAUAAUUCUGGUCAAAUGAUAAGUUUACGAUCAAGGACUCCAUUUAGUGAAGCUGAAGAAAGUCCAUUUAUGUUAACAUUUCCUUAGAAGUUACAGGAAAGCAUGCAUAAAAAGAACAAAAGCAAAUUGAUUAUGUAUUUCAUAGAUAGAAUGAGAAAGAGAUUUAAAAUAGAUAGUAAAGCUAAAUAAUUUCAGUAUUUGUUUGAUAAAGAAAAUAAUUCAAAAGAUAAUUAUUGUACUUGAUAUAAAUUUAAUUAGAGGGACGUUGUUACCUUCUUCAUGGAUAUUAAAAUGUUGGAAUAUAAUAUAUUAUCUAAUAUUGCAUCUAAUGUUAAUAUAUAUACCUUUGUCAACAGCCUUUAAUAUUCAGGAUUUGAAUUAUAUCUUUUUGGUAUUAAAAUUUAUGGAUGUUGUAAUAUAAUUGUGUAGUUCUUUUCCAUAGAAUGGGCAAUUCAUUACUAAUUUUAAAUCAAUAUCAAUUAGAUAUAAUAAAUAAUUGUUGUUACAUGAUUCAGUAACAUUACAUUCUAUAUUAGAUCACAUUAAUUGGAUUAAUAUUCUUGAAUACAUUAGUAGUGAAUUUUAGAUUCCUAUUACUAACCGGAACUCUAUUAAGUUUAAUAAAGCGAUUUUAUGAGAUAGAAUUACAUUUAAAAUUUGAAUUCAAUUUAUUUCAUCCUAUUGUAUAGGUGAUAAAUUCUAUAAUCAAAAUGUUUUUAGUUAUUCAUGUGAUUACUUGUUAUCAGUAUGGAUUAUUCAAUUAAGAUCAUGAAUAAUUUACAUCAUAUUUAUCUACUUUAAAUAUGAUUAUAUAAAUAUACUCAUUCAAUUCAAAUUAUGUACCAAAUGAAUAAAAAGAAUAAUUAUUCAAUUGUUUAAUCACUUUUAGUGCCAUUAUUAUGUUUGCUUACUUUUUGACUUAGUUUGUAUAUUUGUUUAAAAAGAAUAGAAUGUCAGAAUAAUUGAGUGAAUUUUUAGCUAUAAAUAAAUUAGAUUCAAAUUUAAAAUUGAAAAUAACAAAUCAUAUUUUAAAUUAACCAAAAUUCUACCAUAAUUAAUUUGUAUCUAAAUUAUCAGGAUAACUAUUAUAAGAAUUUAAUUAUGUAUAAAGAUCAUAAUUACUGACUAAAUAUUUUAAAUUCUAUAAUUAACAUACAAUAAAUACAUUAAUAAAUUAUUGUGAAGAUAUGAUUUGUUAACCAAAUCAAAUAAUAAUAACAGAAUAAGAAUAUGAUGAUUGUUCAUUAUAUUUUAUUCUUGAAGGUAACUUUAAAGUAAUAAAUAAAAUGGGAAUUUAAUUAUAGAUUUUAGGAGUAUAUUUGAAUUUAUAAUUAUAUCUAGUCCACUUAAACUUUUGGUGAAAUAUCAUUUUACACAUAGUUACCAAGAUCUGCAACAGUAAUAAGUGAAGGAGUAUGUCGAUUAUUAAGAAUAAGAAGAGAGAUUUUCUUAAAUUUAUUAACUUUCAGUGAUAAAGUAAGAUAAUUUAUAAUAUAUUUUAGUAAUACUUUUAUAAUGUUAAAGAUCGUAUUUUGAUUCAUAAUGAUUUACCAAAUUAAUGUUUCUGUUGUAAUUAAGGUGAUCAUUUAAUAUCUAAAUGUCCAUUAUUGACAUAUAGACCAGAUAGAGAAAAAGUAAUAAAGACAUUUAUCUAUCCAAUAACUAAUCAUAGAAAAUAAUGUAAGUACUUAUUAUGAUCAAUAUAUGAAUAGAUAAUAGGAGAUAAAUUAAAGAUAUUAAAGCUUUUGAAUUUUUAAAAGAUGCAGAGGCUAAUUAAGACUAUUUGUUAUAAUUAUAUUCAGAUAAUCAUUUUUAAUCCUCUAAUUAAUUUAGUCAAUCAAAUCUACCAUAUGAUGACGUUCACAUUAAAGAAUCUUAUGCUUCUGCGUAGAGUUUUAGUAGAGUUAGUAGAGAGAGAUCCUUAUUAAAGAGCACUUCUUUAUUAAAAGAGAAAUCUUUAUAUGAAUAGUAGCAAUCAUAAAUCAAUGAUGCGUAUUAUAUAUAUAUACUAUAGAUUUUUGGAAUCUGCUGAAAAUAAAUAUAUUGUACAUUAAGGAGAAAUGGAUGAUGAUAAAUUUCUUAGUUUAGUUAGAAAAGAUUAAUAAAAAAAUACUUUUGCUACUGCAGGAUUUGGAAAUCUAGCUUAAUAAUCAAUUAAAGAUUAAAAAUCAUUAAAUAUUAUUAUAGAAAAUGAAAGUUCAGAAAAUUCACCUUCAUUAGAUAAUGAUUUAGAAUUAACUAAUCAACCAUAAAGAAAUAAAGAUCCGAAAUUAACAUUCAAUUAUAAUUUUGACAAUUAAAUGAAUGAAUUACAAAAUAAAUAUUAAUUGUAUCAGAGAAAUGCAUCAGAAUCAUUUAACAAUUCUGUUCUUAGAUAAGAUAAUAGAUAAACUUCUAUUAGAUAAAACUCUUCAAGAUCUUAAACAUAUAGUCCAAUCACUUCUAAUAAUAUUACUGCUAAUUCUUAUCGUUCUUAAAUUAAAUAAAAUGAAAAUACUUAAACUCCAUCUGCUAUACCUCGUAAAUCCACCAAUUCCAAUUAUACUCUCAAAUCUGUCCCUGGAAUUAAUAGAUAAUAUACUGAUAGUCCAGAAUUAUAAAGUAGAAAAGGUACCAAUCGAAAAAAAUCAACCAAAACUGGAACUAAAGUUUCUAUUGCUCCUUCUUAAUUUUAACCUUUCAGUGGAUUUGAAGUAAAUUUUUAUAAACUAUUUUAUAGAAUCCUAUUGGAGCUGAAUUUGGAGAUAACGAUUUCGAAAAAUUAUACUUAUUUGAUGUCUAUCUCCCUUAUAAUAAUUAUGAUAUUGUUAUUUCUAAGUAAAAAAUACUAAUAUUUUAGGUUUAAUUAAUUCACUAAACAAAAAAAAUUGAAGAAACUAUCUAAAUACUUUCUAUCCUUCAAAUUAGCUGUCUAAAUUUAAAAAUUAAAAACCAAGUACAAAUCUUACUUUAUUUAUUAGACAAUUUAAAAAAUGA